CGCGUUUUUUCAAACACAAUUUUGGAACGUGAGUUUUUGUUCAUACAACGGAAAGUGUAGUGUUGUGUUUUUUUUAUUUGAAUUAUUAAUAGUUUUUUUAUUAUUUUAGUUAUUUCCUUUGGUGUUUAUUUUUUAAAGAAGAUAUACCUGGAAAGAUGGUGCGCCUAAGCACCGUGUUAGCACUCUGCGCGAUCAUCGUAUGCGCCGGCGCAGCCGACAGCUCAUCUCGUUUCCAACCAAGAAAACGCAAGACUGCGGACCUGUCGCCUGACAAGCAGCUGGAGGUGGAUGAUAUGGUGAACAACCUCCUGCAGUGGAUACAAGGCUUGUACCAGCAGAAGAAUAGGAAAGCUCGUCAGUACUUCGGAGGGAAACCAGAAAAACCGAGACCUUUUGAGCCGGCGAACAACUAUCUACCACCAGCUACCGGAUACCCACCUUCGGGAACCCGCCCUUCUCCAACCUACAGCGAAGGGCCAUCACCAAGCCCCACGUAUCAGCCUAGCCAACCUUCAUAUCAGCCCAGCGAGUCUCCCUACCAACCUGAGUCAAAUUACAAACCUGAUCAACCCAGUUACAAGCCUAGUCUACCAACGCAACCCGCUUACCAGCCUUCACAACCCUCUUACCAACCAUCUCAGCCCUCUUACUCUCCUAGUCCAUCCACGCCUUCUUACCAACCCAGCCAACCAGCUAAUGUACCUUCUAACACUUACCAACCACCACAACCCUCGCCAAGUUACCAGCCUUCCCAGCCUUCUCAACCGUCCCAACCCAGCUACGAUUACUCAAAGCCUGGCUACCAACCCAGUCAGUCCGACCAGACUACUCAAGCGAUCUACGUGUCUCAGGAAACUGGUAAUGUGAACACGGGUUCCAGUACUUCUUCAAGUUCUAGUUCCAGCUCUGGUACUGUUAGCGGUACAGUUGUAGAAAGCACACAGACGCAAGUCCCUGAUGAUGAUGACGAUCGCCAUCCUCCUCAUAUCCACGACAUCACUGUCGACUGCGGCAAAGAAAUGAUGACGAUCAACAUUGAGUUCAACAAACCGUAUAACGGGCUCAUUUACUCUCAAGAUCAUUAUAAGGAAUCUGAGUGUGUCUAUGUAAGAGAAAACUCCAACCAAGCUAAGUUCUCAUUCACUGUCAGCCUCAACACUUGCGGAACCAGAUUCUACAGUGACUUCGAGAACGAAGGUCAAGCGUACUUGGAAAAUGUUCUGGUACUCCAAAACGAAAUUGGAAUCCAAGAAGUGUGGGAUCACAUUAGGCGAGUAAGAUGUCUGUGGGAAGGAAAUCUGAAGAAACAGUUGGUCCACUCCCUCAGUGUGGGCAUGUUGAACCAGAUUACCAGCAACUUCAGCGGAGACACUGCCAUGGCUCGAUUGGACAUCCAGACUGGCAGAGGACCUUUCGCUCCAGAAGCCAACGGCUUGGUCAAGAUCGGAGAAACCAUGACCUUAGUUGUAUCUGUUACCGGAGACGCUGGUUUUGACAUCCUAGUCAGAGAAUGUAUUGCGAGAGACUCCGAAAACCGCAACGUUGUGCCUUUGACUGACAGCAAUGGUUGUGUACUCAAGCCUAAAGUCUUCGGUGCCUUCCAAAAGACCAGGGAUACAGGAAACACAGGAGCUUCGAUCAUAGCGUUUGCCUUUUUCAAUGCUUUCAAAUUCCCCGAUGAGAUGGACCUGAUCAUUCAAUGUGAGGUGGAACUAUGCAAGACUGACUGCGAUGUCUGUCCUAACCCUGGAAGUAUCGAGCCAAGGAGGAGGAGACGAGACAUCAUUCAUAUUGGAAACAGUACUAUGGAGCCUUCCACCAUCAUUGGUAAAGGAUUGAGGGUCGUGUUAGCUGAGGAUCUACCAGAACCAGUUGGGUUCUGCAUGUCACCUCCCGCAGCUUUCUGGGGUGGUUCCCUAAUACUCUUCGCUUCCUUGCUGAGCAGUAUCGUGGUAUCAUACUGUUGGCAGAAAUCACGAGGUUCCGCUAAGUUUUCGUAAAAAAAUCUAAUUUAUUUGGUCUUUACUAUCUUUCUGUUAUUUAUAGAGAUAGGAUAAAUGAACCUUUUUACUGAAAUCUCGAUGAUGAUUCUGUUUCAAUACCAGUAGAUUAUUAAGUAUUUAUAACGUCCGAAACUUGUAAAGAUAGAUUUCAGUUACAUACAACGAUGAGUAAGUUAUGGUACAAAUGAUGAUAUAGAUAAAAAAACAAUUAGUAUAAGCCAUCCCCAAUCUAAUAACAGUAACAGUACUUUUUCAAAUAAUUUCAUACGAACGAUUUCCCAAUUAAGAAAUAGGCCAUACCUCUUAACAUAAUUCCCAUAUUUAGAAUCCAAAUAUCACAAAGAUCUGAAUUUUGCAAGCCAAGAUCCUAAAGUUAACGGUAGAACAAUUUUAUCGUCAGAAUUAAAUGACAUUAAGGCACACUGCCUACAUAAGACUGCCAUGGGAAAAUCUACCAGUAUUCCAUACGAUUGCUUCGUGAGAUACCGUCUUGCGUAUUCGCAGUUUUUCCAUACAUUCGUUUUUGCCUUCAUUGUUAUCCGUCAGUUAAAUUCCUAGUACUUGCGUAGCUUCUACAACUUUUGUGCUGUUAAAAUCAUCAGGAAUAAGUGCAGUAUCAAUGUGAUUUAUAUUAAAAGUUAGUUCUUUUUCUUCUGCGGUAAUGUUUGCAAGAAUUUUAUUAAGAGUUGAAGGAACUAUACUUAUAUACUUUAUCCUUGGAAGUGUGUUGAGCAUAUUUUACGUUACAUCUGUUUACGAGUAUUUUAGCUUCAACUUUAAGAAUAUUGAUUGAAAUGUCUUAACGUUGUAAUUUUUUCUUCAAGAAUAAAAAUCUUAACUUGCAAAUACUCCUUGUUAAUAAUAAAUGUCACUGCCAACAAAUGUUUUGUACUUAAGUUCAUUGAAUUAGUAUUACCAAUAGACUAGGUUGUUAAGAAUUUAUUAAUAUUAUCAGUUUCUUAAACCUUGAAUAGAUCCAAAUUAACAAAAAAAAAAAUGAAAAUAUUUGAGUAUAAAAUUAUUUUAUUACCAGCUCCGUCCAAUAACAAUACUUAUAACUUUAGCUGUAUAAACUCCAUUGUAAAAUCUAAACCUAAGUUAUUGUUUGUAUUUGUAAAUAUUGUAGAUAAGGAUAUGUAGAAAUAAAACAUUAUUUGUAAAAUA